UAUAAAUCCAACGCCAUACCCACAAAAGAAGUAUAUAUCAGUAUUCACAGUUAAUAAUCGUAGAUAGUAUUAUGGAGAUUCCAUUCUUCACGUUGCUUUGCUUUCUAAUCCUCUCCGUUUUGCUAAUUACACCCGGAUGUGCUUCUCUGCAAACUCAACUUCAACCAUCCAACAAACAAGGCAAGAACGAACUGCAGGUUUCUUUCCCUACACUGCCAAGGAAGCUUAGAUUGACUGGAAAAGUAACUGUUGCAGAACAAGAAGGUAAAAAUUCCUCAGCCUACAACAACCACAAGGAAAGUGCUUUAGCAGAUGGUAAGAAGCCAAGAAUCGAGAAAGAAGAAGAUGAAGAAGUGCAGGUAGUGGAAAGAAGCAGAUCAGUAGACACAUGGCAGGAACAGAUGGAGAAGGAGGACACGUCAGAGUUCUUCACCAUGGAUUAUCACAGAGUAAGACGACGACGUCCCAUACACAACAAGUCCUUUCCUGCAGUUACAGUUUCUCCAUGA